UUCCUUGGCAUAGCAUUUCUUGGGAUUGGACUGUGGGCAUGGAAUGAGAAGGGAGUGCUGUCCAAUAUCUCCUCCAUCACCGACCUGGGAGGCUUUGAUCCAGUUUGGCUCUUCCUAGUGGUAGGAGGAGUUAUGUUCAUUUUGGGAUUUGCAGGAUGCAUUGGAGCUUUGCGAGAAAAUACCUUUCUUCUGAAAUUUUUUUCUGUGUUUCUUGGGAUUAUUUUCUUCCUGGAACUCACUGCUGGUGUUCUAGCAUUUGUUUUCAAAGAUUGGAUAAAGGACCAGCUGUAUUUCUUUAUAAACAACAACAUCAGAGCAUAUCGAGAUGACAUUGAUUUGCAAAACCUCAUAGACUUCACCCAGGAAUAUUGGCAGUGCUGUGGAGCUUUUGGAGCUGAUGACUGGAACCUUAAUAUUUACUUCAAUUGCACAGAUUCCAACGCAAGUCGAGAGCGCUGUGGUGUGCCAUUCUCUUGCUGCACUAAAGACCCUGCGGAAGAUGUUAUUAAUACUCAGUGUGGCUACGAUGCAAGGCAAAAACCAGAAGUUGAUCAGCAGAUUGUUAUCUACACUAAAGGCUGUGUCCCUCAGUUUGAGAAAUGGUUGCAGGACAAUCUAACCAUAGUUGCCGGUAUAUUCAUUGGGAUAGCAUUACUGCAGAUAUUUGGGAUAUGCUUAGCCCAGAAUUUGGUUAGUGACAUUGAGGCUGUCAGAGCCAGCUGGUAAAACUGCUGAAGUAACCACAACAAGACACUGGACAACCGAAACCCUCUGAAACCUCCCGUGUGUCGCUCCGACACCAAGUAUAUGGACAUGGGUGACAGGGAAGCCUUCUCUCCCAAGUAAUCUCAAGUUUCAGUUCCUGAUAUUGCGGUGAACUCGUGUUUCUUUGGGGUGGGGGAGAGAAGAGUGGGCUAUUGAAAAUCUGCUGCUCACUAACAAUUAUUUUUGUUUU